GGUUACAGAGCAAAAACGAACAACUCAGCUGAAGAAACGAUGAUGAUAAGGAGAUCGAUUGCUUUAAAUUUGAAAGCUUUGAGAUUGGUUCAGCCUCAUCUCUUGGAGACAGGUACUCUUAGAAAUGAUUUUUUCUGUAGCCUUUCUAAGUUAUUGUCUAGCUCCGAACGAGACUUUUCUGGUAUCAGCAAUGGGAAAGGCUGUUUUAAAGAGAGAUUGAGAAGUGUGAUUGUUGAUAUUAAGGAAGAUGAUGCUGUUGAUCUGUUUCAAGAAAUGGUUGGGUCUCGUCCUCUUCCUACUCUUGUUGACUUCAGUAGAUUGUUUAGUGCCGUUGCAAGAACAAAACAGUUCAAUCUCGUUUUAGAUUUAUGCAAGCAGAUGGAAAUGAAUGGGAUUGCACAUAACAUCUUCACUUUGAACAUUAUGAUCAAUUGCUUUUGCCGGUGUUGUAAAACUUGUUUUGCUUAUUCCGUUUUGGGGAAAGUUAUGAAGCUUGGGUAUCAGCCUGACACAACCACGUUUAACACUCUGAUCAAUGGACUCUGUCUCGAGGGUAAAGUGGCUGAAGCUGCGGGUUUAGUCGAUAGGAUGGUGGCAAACGGAUGUAUACCCGAUGUGGUUACUUAUAAUACAAUUGUAAAUAGAAUAUGUAAAUCAGGAGAUGCUUCUUUGGCCUUGGAUGUGCUCAGAGAGAUGGAAGAAAGAGAUGUUAAGGCUGAUGUAUUUACUUAUAGUACAAUCAUUGAUAGUCUUUGUAGAGAUGGUUCCAUGGAUGCUGCAAUUAACCUUCUCAAUGAAAUGGAAACGAAGGGUAUCAGAUCUAAUGUUGUUACGUAUAAUUCUCUUGUUGGAGGUCUUUGUAAAGCCGGUAAAUGGAACGAAGGUGCACAGAUGCUGAAUGAUAUGUUGAGUAGGAAAAUCACCCCUAAUGUCAUCACUUUCAAUGUAUUAAUUGAUUUUUUUGUCAAAGAAGGGAAGCUUCAGGAAGCUAACGAAUUGUACAAGGAGAUGAUCACAAGAGGCAUAUCUCCUAAUACUAUAACCUAUAACUCCUUGAUGGAUGGGUUUUGCAUGCAGAACCGCCUUAGCGAGGCCAACAAUAUGUUGGAUCUUAUGGUUCAGAAUAAUUGCAAUCCUGAUAUCGUGUCUUUUACAAGUCUCAUAAAAGGAUAUUGUAAGAUGAAAAGGGUCGACGAUGGUAUGAAACUCUUCCGCAAGAUUUCUAAGAGAGGCUUGGUCGCCAAUACAGUUACUUAUAGCAUUCUUGUCCAAGGGUUUUGUCAAUCUGGGAAACUAAAGAUCGCGGAGGAACUUUUCCAAGAAAUGGUUUCAUGCGGUGUUCGUCCUGAUGUUAUGACAUAUGGUAUUUUGCUUGAUGGCUUGUGUGACAAUGGGAAGCUUGAAAAGGCUUUGGAAAUUUUUGAGGAUUUGCAAAAGAGUAAGAUGGAUCUUGAUAUUGUUAUGUAUACAAUCAUCAUUGAGGGGAUGUGCAAGGGUGGAAAAGUGGAAGAUGCAUGGAAUUUAUUCUGUAGCCUACCUUGUAAAGGAGUGAAGCCUAAUGUUAUGACAUACACUGUGAUGAUUUCAGGAUUAUGUAAGAAAGGGUCUCUGUCUGAAGCAAACGUCUUGCUUACAAAAAUGGAGGAAGAUGGAAAUGCGCCAAAUGAUUGUACAUAUAACACACUAAUACGGGCACAUCUUCAAGUUGGUGACUUAACUGCAUCAGCUAAACUUAUUGAAGAAAUGAAGAGUUGUGGGUUCUCAGCAGAUGCUUCCACAAUUAAGAUGGUUACUGAUAUGUUAUCGAGUGGUGAAUUGGACAAAAGCUUUCUAGAUAUGCUUUCUUAGCGGUUUGGUGUUUUUUUUCAUUUGUCGCAGAGCAUUGAAAAGGUUUUUUCUUGCUUAGUUAACAACCAAAUAUUUUUGAAGGUUCAUAGAGCUGACGAGAUCUCCAGGAGUUAAGCAUUUGAGAGGAUCUCAAGCUUAGUAGCUGAACCUUUUUUAAAAGUUUAGAUAUGAUUUAUGGUUAGCUCUUCAACAUGAUUACUGCAUCUCAUAACUUCAACACCAGAGAAGCUCGUGGUAUGAAUUCGGCAAAACUGCACAGAGAUCUCGGGAAGCUAGGGAGAUCAAGGAUUCUAAAGAAGUAAGCAAAGGACUAUCUUUUGGAUAAAGGGAGGUUGAUAGAAUACUGGAUAAGUGAAGGAUUUAUAGAUGAAAAGGAAGGUGGAGAGAGGGCAGCAAACCAAGGUUAUGAGAUAAUUGGUACCCUUGUUCGCGCAUGUUUAUUGUUGUAACAUUGGACAGGAUAAAUCAUUUGGGAAAUUACAUGAUGUGGUUCGGGAGAUGGCCAUCUGGAUAGCCUCGGAUCUCAGAAAGCAUAAAGAGAAAUGUAAUAUACAGGGGACAGGCUGGUGUUGGGUUACGUGAAAUACCUAAAGUGAAUCACUGGAAGAAUCUGAGAAGAGGAUGUCAUUGAUGGUAAAUGAGAUUGAGAAGAUAUCUGCGAGCCUCGACUGUCCUGAACUUACUACUUCCCUCCUUGGGGAUAACCAUAAAUUAGUAGCUAUCUCAGGUGAGUUCUUUCGGUCUCUGCCUAGACUACUCGUUUUGGAUUUAUAAUGGAAUACCAGUCUCAUUGGAUUGCCAGAGCAAAUAUCAGGAUUGGUUUCUCUGUAAUAUCUUGACUUGUCAUGGAAUAAGAGUUGAAAAUGUUAACACUUGUGAAUUUGGUGUC